UGUACGUGUAGCACCACUGCCUGCCGUUUUUGGUGCACUUUUUAUAAAAUAAUAAUUAAUACGGCCCAACGCGUCUGCUUGUGCCAAAAAGGUGCUGAGUUUAUAUCUAAAAUUAAUAUAUAAAUCUAAAUUUAAAAGGAGCUCAAACAGCGAACAGGAAAGGGAGAAGAGCCCGCAGCAGGGCAACACGAAUAAAUACCAAAUGGGCUACGGUCUGUGUAUUGUGGCCAUUGCAUGCGCCUUGGCCGCCUAUUCCUCUGGCGUCGAUCCAAAUAAUUUCAAGACAUGCGAACAAAGCAGCUUCUGUCGCCGCUCGCGGAAGGUGCAGAGCUCGGGCAGCAAGUAUGCCCUCAUACCCGGCACCCUGAACAGCUACACGGACUCGCUGACGGGUGAUCUGGUCAACAAGGAGAACCACCAUCAGUUCUCCUUCAAGCUGGAAGCCCUGGCGGGCAGCACGUUCCGCCUGCGCAUCGACGAGAAGCAGCCACUGCGACCCCGCUAUAAGGUGGAGCAUGCGCUCAAGGGACAGCCAGAGGCCGGGCGCAUACGCCUGCACACAGAGACCGAUGGCGAGAUUAUUAUUACCUCCGAGCGCACCAAGGCCGUCAUCCACGGGGAUCCCUUUCACAUUGAUUUCUACGAGCACGAUGUGCUGGUUGUGUCCGUGAACUCCAAGAACUGGCUGUACUUUGAGCACUUGCGCCCGAAGCCCAAUGAGCCGACCGAGCAGCGGGAAGGCGAACAGGAGGAUCAGGACGGUGCCGUCGAGACACCAAAACUAACCGACUCCAUUGACGAUCCCGGCGCGUGGGAGGAGAACUUCAAAUCGCAUCACGACUCCAAGCCCUACGGCCCAGAGGCAGUGGCCCUCGACUUCUCCUUCCCAGCCGCUGAGAUUCUGUUCGGCAUACCCGAGCAUGCAGACAGCUUUGUGCUGAAAUCAACCUCUGGCACGGAUCCCUAUCGCCUCUACAAUCUGGAUGUGUUCGAGUACAUUGUCGACAGCAAGAUGGCACUGUACGGCUCAGUGCCAGUGAUCUACGGCCAUGGAGCACAGCGCACGGCAGGCGUUUAUUGGCAGAAUGCGGCAGAGACCUGGGUGGACAUACAGACGUCGGAGACCAAUGUUGUCUCAUCGCUGGUGAACUUUGUUUCCGGCUCGAGGAAGACACCGCCGCCGGGCGCACACUUCAUAUCCGAAUCGGGCAUUGUCGAUGCGUUCAUCAUGCUGGGACCCAAGCCCAUUGAUACCUUCAAGCAGUACGCGGCCCUCACCGGCACCCACGAGCUGCCGCAGCUCUUCUCGCUGGCCUACCACCAGAGUCGCUGGAACUACAACGAUGAGCGCGACGUGACCGCAGUGUCGGCCAAAUUCGAUGAGUACAACAUACCCAUGGACACCAUGUGGCUGGACAUUGAGUACACCGAUGGCAAGCGCUACUUUACGUGGGACAAGUUCAAGUUCCCCCAGCCGCUGGCGAUGAUCAAGAACCUGACCGAGCUGGGACGGCAUCUGGUGGUCAUUAUCGAUCCGCACAUCAAGCGGGACAAUGGCUACUUCUUCCACCAGGACUGCACCGAGAAGGGUUACUAUGUGAAGACGCGGGAGGGCAACGACUACGAGGGCUGGUGCUGGCCGGGCUCGGCCAGUUAUCCGGACUUUUUCAACCCGGACGUGCGCCAGUACUAUGCCAGCCAGUUUGACUUGUCGCGCUUCCAGACGGUCACCGCAGAUGUGAUGCUGUGGAACGAUAUGAACGAGCCGUCCGUGUUUAAUGGACCCGAGAUAACGGCGCCCAAGGAUCUGGUUCAUUAUGGCAACUGGGAGCAUCGCGACGUGCACAAUCUGUACGGCCACAUGCACUUGAUGGGCACCUUUGCCGGCCUGCAGCAGCGUGACCCGAAUCAGCGUCCCUUCAUCCUCACCCGUGCGCACUUUGCUGGCUCGCAGCGUUAUGCGGCCAUCUGGACGGGCGACAACCUCGCCGACUGGCCGCAUCUGCAGCAUUCGAUUAAGAUGUGCCUGACCGAGGCCGUGGCUGGGUUCUCCUUCUGUGGCGCCGAUGUCGGCGGCUUCUUUGGCAAUCCCGAUGGCGAGCUGCUGGAGCGCUGGUAUCAAACGGGCGCCUUCCUGCCCUUCUUCCGUGCUCACGCCCAUAUCGAUACCAAGCGCCGCGAGCCAUGGCUCUACCCCGAGCGCACACGUCUUGUCAUCCAAAAUGCCAUCAGGAAACGCUACUCCUACCUGCCGCUCUGGUACACCGCAUUCUAUGAGCUGGAGCAGACUGGUGCGCCCGUGAUCCGGCCACUGCUCACCCACUACCCGCUGGACAAGGAGGCCUUCGGCAUUGACAAUCAGCUGCUCGUGCAGGAUCGCCUGCUGGUCAAGCCGGUCAUGCAGCAGGGUGUCAGCAAGGUCGAUGUCUACUUCCCGGCCAUCGAUGACAAGAAAAACGGCGACUUGUGGUACGAUGUGGACACGUACGAGCGCCAGGAGCGCGUCGGCUAUGUGUCUGUUCCGGUUACUGAAUACAAGAUUCCAGUUUGGCAGCGCGGUGGCAGCAUUCUGGCCAAGAAGGAGCGCCCGCGUCGUGCAGCUCCUCUGAUGCUGCACGAUCCCUACACGCUGAUCAUUUGCCUGGAUCGCAAUGGCAGGGCUGCCGGCACACUCUACUUGGACGAUGAGAGAUCCUACGACUAUCGCCAGGGCCGGUAUAUCUAUGUGAGCUACGAGUUCUCCGAGAACCAGCUAACCACACGCUUCAUUGGCAAGCGGCUAUACGCAUCCGAUGCCUGGAUCGAGCGCAUUGUCAUUGCCGGCCUGGAGCGUGUGCCCAGCAGUGUUGGCAUCACCGUCAACGGCGUCAAACAAAAUCUGGAGUCCACGCGGCAAGGUGCUGCCGUUGUCAUACGCAAACCUGAUGUCAAAAUGGACGUUGACUUUCUUCUCAUCCUCCACUACGCAUAGUCUGUCCUCGUCCACUCCAUUUGAUACCAUUUCUAUUACACGUUUUAAGUAAAUCCCAACUGCCUAGCAGCAUUAUUCCAUAUAGAAUACAAAUUAUAGAUUCCGGCUCCAUAU